CUAAUAGAUUCACAUAGGAACAUUGUCAAAAUUGUUCAAUUUAGAGAAAUGGCUGCAAUAAAUCUUAUGAGCUGAAAUUAUCCAGAAUGAUAUUAAGACAAAAACUAUCUGUAUGUCAUCAGGAAUGUGAGGACCUGAAGAAAGAGAACAAAUGCUUGUCAAAUGAGCUGCAUUUGGAAAGAAUUUUUAUGAAAUCGGAAAGCGAGCUGGGCAUGAGAAAUCUCAGAAAUAUAAACCAUGGACUGCAAACACUAGUUAAAGAGCUGAAGCAGAAGCUGAAUGCCGCUCAGCAGACAGCGACAAAAUACUCCAAGCUUGUGGAGGAGGCCUCCCUGGCGCAUGCAGAAGCUGAGAAAGGCCAAGCGGAGGCUGAAGCCCAGGAAAAGUUGUGUCGGGAGCAACAAGAAGCAGUUCAGCUGGAGAACAUCAGCUUAAAAGAAGAAACUCAGCAGCUGAAGAGAAAGUUAACCGAAAUGCAGCAGCUGUUAGGACAAGUGGAAAAGAGCCACUUUGAAAGUCAGAUGAAACUAGAGAGAAUAACAAUGGAGAGGGAAGUCAUCCGUGAGGAAAAACGAUAUUUGGAGCACGAAAGGAAUGAACUAAAGCAGAAACUGAAAGGAACACUAGAAGAGAAUUUGAAGUGUAAAGAAAGUGAAAUCUCUCAAAGAUGUAGAACAGAAGCUGCUGAAGAAGCUUUAGAGAAAGCAACCUUGCUUCAUUAUGAGUCGGAAAGGGGGAAGCGCUUGCUAGAGCGGGACAUAGAAGAGAAGGAAAAACAGUGUGAGAUGUGGAUGAAGAAAUAUGGUGCCAUGGCAGACCUCUGGCAAUCCCAAGAGGAAGAAAAAUCAAGAAGGCAAAACAAAGCUUGUCAGGUGAAAAUAAAGAGCUAUUUCUUGUGUAUCAAUGAAAGCAAUGAGCACAUAACAGUAUUAAGAAAUGAAGAUGGAACUCCACAGAGAUUUGCGGAAGGAGAGCAAGUUUGUUUUUCAGUCCCUGGUGUUGACAAUGAAGAAAAGGCCAAGAGCACUGACAGGAUUUUGCACAGAGUUGUUGCACCCAGUUCAAACCCUGGACAUCCUCAGAUGUGUGGACUUUGUCCUGCUGAACUGCAGGAGAGAACACCUGCUAGAAGAGGCAGGAAAAUCAUUGAAUAUUUCUGGUUUCCAGUUGAUGGUAAUACUGAAGAGUGAUUGGAGAAGAAAUAAAAAUAUAACCAAUGAUGGGGGGGGGGUAGGCAGUUCCGGUACCUUGAGUAGGAGCCACAAUGUUUUUGCUGGAGUCCAAGAUUAAUUGAAGAAUUUCCUUGUACUGGCAAGUGAACGAGGUGAUGAUGAGACAUUUGUUUGUGAUAGUUUGUCAUAGAUGAAGCCAGAGAACGAGAAACUUAAUCCAGCAGAGGUUAGGCAAAUCUUUCUUUUUUUAAAAUAGGUUUCCUACUUACCAGCAUUCUAAAUUAAAACACUUGCCUUGCACAUCUAAUUAAAAGUUACAUUCCAGUUGCCUGAACAUAUUUUGUUAAGAUGCAAUGUGCAUGCAAAAUUGAAUCUGUGCAACAC